AUGGACGGCCAUAUGUCGAUGAUUAUGGAGCGGGCGGACAACGACCCUAUUGUCGAGUGUGAUAGAUUUGGAAAUUGUUUUGAAAGUGAUGAUGUUCCAUUUUGGCUUACAAAGACGGGUCGAAUAAUCAGAUGGUCGAUUUUCUGGGGUUUGUUUCUUCUCUUCAUGCUAUGGAUCAUUGUCGGAUAUUGGCAUGCGAAGAGAAGAUUAAGGAAGGGCUUGAAACCAUUAGCAUACCACAGGUGGAUGUUGAAUAGACGACAACGAGCACAAUAUGACCCCGCUUACCAGAACCCGGACGUAUACUACAAUCAAUUUCCAACAGCAGCAGGAGGACAAUAUGGCAUGCAUCCUAUGCCACCGCCAAUGUACGAUCCUAAUGCGCCAAUGCCACCGACAUAUCAACCACCUGCGGGAGCAACCAAAGUCGAUCCCUCACAAUGGGGAUCACAACCAACAAGACGUCCAGCAGAUGAUGGUGGAGAGUCCGCCCCCGAUUAUGAGGCACCUCCAGGACCACCUCCAAAUCUUCAAGCAAUUAAUACUGGCGCGAGCAACAAUCCAUUUCGAGGUUAG